CGUACAGGGCGGUAGUGACGGGCGUGACGUAGCCGGUGGAGGAUGUACGCCCCUGUCGGCGAGGGUACCAGCAACCAACAAUCAGCCCUGGUCAAUCCAUGGUGGUUUCAUCCGCCAGCUGGACGUACAGUUGGGCACGAGCGUGACCAAGAAGGGAAAUACCUGUUCGAAGGUGGCAGUGACAGGGGUGGCGAAGGUCACGGGGUUGGGUCUAGGGGUGGCAUCAUGGACUCUCACCAGCAUCAAUUCUGUCUUAAGUGGAACAGUUUCGGUAGCAAUCUAGCAACGGCGUUCUCGAAUUUAUUCAAAAGCGAGAGUCUCACCGAUGUCACCCUCUUCUGCGAGGGAGUAACGUUCAAGGCUCACAGAUUGAUCCUCGCAGCAUGCAGCAAACAUUUUCAGGAGCUCUUCGAAGGGAUGCCGCCUUCUCCCGCAGGACUGAUCGUUAUUCUCGACGGGACGAGCGCUCACAAUAUGGCGUCGCUUCUCGAAUUUAUGUACCGCGGAGAAGUACACGUGUCUCAGGAAUCUCUGAGCUCUUUCCUCAAGGCAGCGGAAUGCCUUCAAGUAAAAGGUCUGUCGAUCGAGCACGAGAAACUAGCAGUGGCGCAGAGACAUGCGGCUGAGAGCAAUAAUUCGUCGACGGACACCGGCGGAGAGGGUGGCGGGGGUGGAGGUAGCGGAGUUGGCGAAGUCGGUGCACCAGGAAGUAUCGGUGGUAGUAGCAGCGUUGGAGUUGGUGGUAGCGUCGACGGUAGCGGUAGUGGAAAUCCAAAUGGUAGUAUCGCUGCUGGUGCAGUAUCUACUACGAGUGCUGUUGGCGAUAGUGGAGUCGGUGACAUCACCGAUCUCAGCGAGGCCGGUGAAGCUACGAUGCUGAGGAACAGUAUAAAAAGACGCAGAGACGCAACCCCUACGCCUGCGCCAUCCCCGGCACCGGCAUACACCGUACCCAGCAUGUACUCUCACUAUUUCGAAAGUCCCCCAAAGAGGUUAAUGAGAUCGCCAAGCGACGUCGACACGUUAGGUAGGGCGAGCGUGUUGCGCGACGGUGCAGCAUUUCGGCCAGCUUCAGCACCGCAUCCUCUUCUUCUGGAAAGUCACUUUUAUCAGCCCUUUGCCCAUCCCUCGGAAACACCAGCUCACUCGCAUACCGCGCCUCACACGCCAACGGAACUCGAGCAGGAAUUGGAACAAGCGCGGUCGGAGGAACGGAAUAACUGUGAUUACAAGGAAAGCGUCGCUGAAGAUCUACGAAUAAAGCAGGAACCGGUGGUAUUGACGGAUCGAGAGCGAGCAGAGAAAUUGGCAGAGAAAUUAUCGAGCGAGGUAUAUUCCGGGGGUAGGGGGUUCGAGGGGUACGGCUCAAAUUCGGAACAUUUACAACGUGGCGCGCAAAUGGGCUCCGCGAUGGUAUCGAUACCACCGGCACAUCCACCGACUCCAGAUCUCAGUCCUGCUCCAACUACUCCUGCCAUGUGGAAUACGAAGAUGAACAAGGCUGGCACCGUAUCGACACCCGAGGACCUUUAUUCGACUCGUUGCAUCUCAACGCAUACAUAGGCUGCACGUGGAACUCUGAUCGAUGUUGCAACUGGGAGCCCUCCGUAAUAUCUCCCCAUCCUCUCAUGAACCCUUUCCGUCCCUUCUCAUUCACUUUCAAGGCUCUUCCGAGCCGAGUUCUUCCAAUCCGUGAACAGGAAGAACGCGUCUCGUCGAGAUGGUGCCGAGAUGCUGACUACGAUGGAGCACUUUGCUUUGUCAUCGUGAAAACGAAAUUUUGACGAAUGUGCCUUACUCUAUAACAUAUUCUUCAAUUUGGAUAUUAAUCAAUGGGAUACGAUCUUCGACUAUGACAUUAAAUUUUGGCGAUAACAUUCAAUGUUUACGGAUCAUUAUCGUCACUUUUCUUUCGAAAUGUUUGCGCUUCGAUAAUCGAAUAACACGAUGGUAUCAACAUUAUAAAAAGCAGUCUUGAGUGAACUUUCGAAACUUCCGCAUUACAAGGUUCGACGAUUUUCAAAGUCGUGAUUCGUAUUAACCACAACGAGGCGCAUCGGGAGAACUAGAAGGUUAGCUGUUGGCUAGUCGCGUUAAGUUGCUGCUCGAGGUGUCACAAAGAAACGAUGAGAGAGCAAAAAAGAGCAGGAGCUUGAACAAGAGAGAAAGAGAAAGGUGCCGACGAAUUUCGAAGUCGCCGGCGUGUGCAUCGUGGUAUAUAUAUUUUCGUGGCAAGGCAGUCCUUUUUUUCCUGCCACGUGUCUACGUCACAAUCUCCGCUUCGGCGACGCUCUAACGUGCAGAAAGAGAGCAACGGAGCAGCCCGUGGGUAGGACCGAUUUACGAGAGCGUUUCUGUGUGCGUAAAUCCCUGUCUUUUUCUUCGUCAUCGUACGUGUCUACUAUGUGCUACGUGCACGUGUACGUGUGUAUCUGUCUAACGCCCAUCUGGGACGGUUGUGCCUUAGAGCACGAGGACUCAUCGCCGCUCGUUGGUGUCUCUCUCUCUCUCUCUCUCUCUCCCUCUCUCCCUCUCUCUCUCUCUCUCUCUCUCUCUCUCUCUCUCUCUUUUUCUCCUUCCUCGCCUUCACGGUUUGAACAAAGUCUACAAAGAGGAUGCAGGCGAGCCACGGUGCAGCCACUGGGAACAUCUUUUGCUUCGACGAGCAGAUCACCGGGCGUGACGUUUACGACGCUGGUAAAACCUAAAGCCCUGAAGUCGCCAUUAUUUUUCGCGAUUUCGUUCCAACGAUCUUCUUCGAUGGAUCAUUAGACGAUAGAGAGAGAGAGAGAGAGAAAAGGAACGAAGAAAAAGCAUCCACGAGAAAGAAUCAUCGUUACACAAUCUUCUAACAUUAACUCGCACCAGAUAAUAAAUGAGAGAUAGAGAGACCAUAAUGUAGAUUAAAUCUUUGAUCACUCGAUUCAAUUUCAUACUGAGAUGCAUAUCUCGAAUCGGACUUUGCGUCUUAGCCGAUCUCGAUGCACGCCAUGUCGACAUUAAAAAACAAUUUUGAUCGACACGGCAUCCUUAAAUUUUCCUUUUUAAUGAUUGCGAAAAUGUAAUUCAGUCGUGACCUCGACUCUAUCAAGAUCAAAAGGAUCUCUCUCUCUCUCUCUCUCUCUCUCGUUCUCGUUCUCUUGUCGUCUUAUUUCGUUUCUUUCCAUUAGAAGUUUAGAUUAGAUUUGAGAAGUUUGGAUCUUUAUCCGAGUGUACAUUUUAACGUCAUAACUUCUUUCAACUCGUAACUUUUUUUGACAAUUUUUUUUUCUUUUAUUUUUUUCAAACGAUUUUUAUGCUUUAGAAAAAGGUUCAUAUUCUCCUGUGAAAUCUGUGUACAUAACUGUAGGAUCGUAUGAGAUGUAUGGAAAGAUUCGAGGAAUUAGGGAACGGUAUUUAACGUUGUAAGUGUCAAAACGCGCUUAGACGGAGAAAGAUGGAGGAACGCGAGAAAGAAAAAUCACUUCCUAUCUUUUUCUCUUAGUAAUUCUAUGAGAUACGUACAGUUAUACUCGCGUUAAAAUCUCACGUUCGUGCGGUCUUAAAAUUUCUUCCCCUCCACCCCCCCCCCCCUUGUCAGGGCGUUUAGGCUCGAUCGUUAGAGGAAGGAGGAGAUGAUGAUGAUGAUGUGGAAAGAGAAGAAAAAGAUGUCCUUUAAUCGUCUUUCGUUGCCUCAAAAGGUUCUCACAUCUUCGAAUUACGAAAGAAUUUUCGACAGCUCAUCGUUGAAUAGAACGAAUUCUUUGGAUAAUUUCUAUUUAAUAUCGUUCGUACUUUACCUUAAUAAUAAAAAAAAAAAAAAAAAAAAAAAAAAAAAAAAAAAAAUAAAUAAAUAAAAAUAAAUAAAAGAAAAGUAAAAUUAAUUAAAGAUCUUUAUUUCAGAGAAAAAAUUACGAAAGGAAAAGAAGGGUGCUUGCAACUUAAAAAUUUAACUAUCAUUUCGUCAUACUCGAUGAUAAAAUUCAUUUUUGCGGCUUUGCGGCAGGUCCAUCGGGAUGUAAUUUAUAAUGUGACGGAAAUAUGAAAGUUACAUGGCCAGGUCGUAACUCGUUAGAUCCACUGGUAGAAAACCGCAGGAAAUAACUCGAAAGUAUCGUACGGUUGAACGGUCUCGUACCAUUUUUCUUCUUCUUCUUUGCUGCCAACUACGAUGUCUGAAACUUUCUCUUGGCCGUUCUCUAACGUCCAAGAAAGAAACCGUCUAACGUUGAGAUCUCGUUAAUCAUAUUACUAUUUUUACAAACGUAAAACGCCUAUGAAUGGAGACACGAAAUUACCAGGUUUAAUAUAAUCGGACGAGAAGAAAAAUGCGAGACAAUAGUUUCAUAGAUUAAAAACGAUAGAUUGAAACAGGAAAUAGGCGUUAUUACGUUAGAAUUUCUUUGAGGGUGCAAUGAAAGGGGAUGAACGCUAUUUCCCUUUAAAAGGCACACACGCAUGCACGUCCGGUAGCGAGUCUGAAUUAUUGAAGAGAGACAGAGAGAGAGAGAGAGAGAGAGAGAGGGCGGAAGGGAAGAGAAAGUGCAGUUGCACUCGGCACGUGCAGGCAGGUGUACUGGCUCGAGCGACCUUCCGUUUCUUUCUUUUUUUUUUUUUCCAUCUUUUUUUUUCUUCUUCCUUCUAUCCCCCUAUCUCUACUUUCUCAAACCGUUCCUUCUUCUACCUAUAACGUUCAACCCUUCUCUCCUAUUUCGCGCACGUGCCUCGUAAAAGUUUCAAUGAAGCGUGUGCGACGACUAUACACAUUGGAAACUUCCGAGUUGGAGAAGUACGCUUGCAUAUGGUCGCUCGAUUAAAGAUUAAUCCUUCCUUUCGGACUAUUAAUUCAGUCUAGUCUUUUUCUAUCGAGAUUGUACGAUUGUAAGAACGAGAAAUUUAUCGUCUCUAUCAAUUCUUUCUUUUUUCGAUUGAUCGACAAUCGUCAUUAAGCAUUCAGAAACUUUUCUAUCUUUCUUUUUUUUUUUUUUUUUCAAAUGCGACGGCGUUCUAUAAUAUUACACGUUAUAAUCUAUCGUACUAUAAGAAACUAUCUCGUAUACUUUAUUCCUUCCAGGUAAUUACAGGGAAACGAUUGCAAAUGCUUUUCUUUAACGCGUAAUAAAAUAUUUUUUGUACGACAAUAAUUAUAAAUAAAUCUUUUAAAAAUCAGUUCUCCAAUACUUGUGUCGUUACGUGACCGAUCGAUAAAUUAGAUAAUCGUUUUUUGUUUUCUUUUGUCUUUUUUCUUUUCUUUUUUUUCUUUUUAAGAUAUUUCGUCGUCCACGAUCACGAACUUUUUCUUUCGCAUUUCUACCCGCACGAAUUAUCUUAUUAGGAAUCGUUUAAGCGGCAGAACGCGUGUUUCUCUGUGUAGGAACUAGUGCGUUUGUGUUGAUACGCGUACGUUGGACAGAGAUAGAGAGAUAAAGAAGGAGAAGGAACACACUCGAGGUUCUUAGAAUCAAUUAGAGUUCUUUCGUGCCUCUAUGUUGGCUAAGUCCUCGCCAACUUUUUCGUCCCACACCUCAUUGGCUUAACCUUCUACCAGUCGAAAAUCAUUGCACAAUGCAACACGUAAGCACGCGAGUAAAGGUCUUUUGCUGCUUAGAU